AUGGGCAUCGACGCCAGAAACGUCCCUCUCCCUCUCCCCGCCCCGACAGAAACCGACACAACAACCCCAACGGAGUUGACCUCCACCGAACUUUCCAAGCCCGGGGACGAGAAGUCGUCAUACUCGAUUCCUGACGACGGAACUCCCGUCACAAUCCGCACUCGCGGCCAUAAAGCCAGCAAAUCGCAGACUUCUCUGUUAAUAGAAUAUUUUGAGGGAGGAAGGUCAUCCGUCGGUGGCUCGACCAGCACUGAACGCAAACCGAGCGUUAGGGUUCGACUGACGCCUUCCAGGAAGGGCAGGGGUGAUCAUAUUCAGGUCACAGAGUCUAGCAAAGGAUCCAGAAAGGCAUCUGUUACCCGCCGUAUCCCUCUGGACAACAUCCACUCGCCCCGUGAGAUUGAACUCACUGACGGUGACGAUUCAACCAGCAUGACGUCCUAUGCAUCAGCAACUGAGGAGUCUGUUGUCUCGAGAAAUCCAAUCGACAUUGAAAUUGAUCGGGGCGAGCGAAGUUACCGUCGUCGGAGACCAGCUAGCCCUUUGAUCCCGUCUGAGGCAGCAACAUACCAAGCUGCCAAUGCUUCAGAGAUUUCUGCAAUUCCCGCAGAUAGCUUUCUGGACGGAUCGGGCUCGGGCCCAGGAACAGAUACCAAGCGCGGCGUGAGUCCGUCAAGGGGCAAUGCUCUUGCAUCGGAAACCCACACCAAUGCAGAUAGCACGCAUAAAAGCCGGUCUGGAGGCCGCGAGCGUGUGAAGUUGUCAGAAAAGUCAAAGGAGAGACCAGAGAGGAAGAGGAGGACUAAAAGUCGGACGAGCAAUGUUUCUUCUGAACGCCGUGUUGAGGAGUCGCCCCGGCGCCGGUCGAGUCGCGGACUGGAAUCUGCUGUCUCAGCUGCAGACUCCAGUAUCGUAUCCUCCAACUUUUCCCAAAGCCAUCGCUCGGUGGAGACACAUUCCAACCGCUCUGGUGCAUCCAAGACUUCUAUCAACAACCCCAAGCUGCUGGAAACUGUGGAGGAUGCCAUCAGAAGGUUGAUUUUGCCCGAGUUGAGUGCUUUGAAGCGAGAACAAAGCAAGCAUGAAACCCGCCGUGACUCCGUCACAUCUGAAGGAACCUCUAUCUCUCGGGAAGAUCUCGUGACUCCAGACCGCAGGCGGUCUUCGGGUCAGCGAAGCGAAUCUACAAGAGAUGGGAGCCGCCCUAAGGAGCGGCGUAAUAGGGAGGCUCGUCAUGAAUAUGUUGACAGCUCCUCUCGCAGUAUCAGCCGUGAGUCAAUGAAUGAUGAUUAUCGGGACAAUGAUACUGCCCCCUCAACACCUAGACGGGGCGACUUGCUCAAGGCUGCUGCCGCAGGCGCCGCUCUCAGUAAAGGACUCUCGCUUCUGGAUGACAAGUCUCAAUCUGAGGAGAGAAAACAGCGGGACAGAAGGCGGAGGAGAACAGACACCUCCCGAAGCCGAAGUCUUGGACGUGAUCGUCAUGUUGAGGAGUAUGAAGAGGAAGAGUGGGCUCCGGCCCCUCCAAUGCCGCUGAUGAGUGAAGGCAACCCGUCCGAAUUGACGAGAACAUCCAUUCUUUCUGCGGAAUCUGAUAGACCUCAUUCCGCCAGUGAGGAAAUGAUACAUGACAUCCCGAGAGGCGGAAUCCAGCAAGGAGGAGCUACAUACCCACAAUCACCCGAUAACCUUCUACACCCGCUUGGUACUGCCCAUGCCAAUGUAUCGCAUGGUGAUCUGACGGCGCUUCCGCGUGAGAACAAAGACGGAUUCGCUGAAGAAUACGAGACUGAUGAGUAUGGACGGAAGAUCCCCAUCAGAUAUCACGACGAGUAUGUGGAGGACGACCCCGAAUACUCGGACCAAGGCGACUAUCCUGAGCAGACUUUUGAGGAGCAGUACUAUCACACACAAGACGUGCCCCCACCGCUCAAGUACGUGCCGUAUCAAGCAGGUGCUCGUGGUCUGAGCCCAAUUCCCAGUGUCUCUGGCUACACCGAGGGAGGAAGCGAGGCACAGCACCCUAGGCACUCAAGAAGCUUGCAUUCAGCAGCCAGCGAUGCUUAUCCUUCCCCAUCCAAGUCAAUGGACCGUGGGGCGUAUGGAGGCUCCGCUGGAUCAUUAAGAUCUACUCCAAGCAACCUGCGAAGCAGAGAGUUUGAUCAGUAUUCCAUGAGCGACCAAAGCGAGAGGAGCGCCGGAAAACUUUCGACCGACAGCGAGGCUGGAGGUGUUCCAUCAAAGCAGCCAGUCCAAGGCAUUGGCGCCAAUCCAAACUUUGUUCAUCCUCCACUGGCGGUUGAAUCUGCUGUUGCAUCUUUGAUUGAUGGAUCAAUGCUUGACCAGUCGGUGCUCACCAACGGCUCCCCCUACGGGCUUCGUGAUUCUACGCUCUCUUACGAUGCCCGGACCCAGAGUAGCCGUGACAGAAGCCCAGAAAAGCAACCUAGCGAAGACCAACGGGACUUCACCGAAGAAAGACAUGCCACACCAGGAGCUAGGUCGCAAGCCCAAUCACAAGAAUACUCGGAGUAUGAUGUUGAUGACCAUGGCCGUAAGGUACCUGUCACUCGUACAAAAUACCGACAAUCACCAACGGCCUCUGAAGCUGCGAUUACGGCGGGAGCUGUGGGCGCAGCAGCCGCAGCGCUAAAGGCUGCCCAGGAAAGGCAGCAUGCUCCUGGUCAGGACAAUGAGGACUAUGUCCCAGCAGGAGUGAACAGAAACCGAUCAUUCAAGCAGCGUACACAGGAUGGAUGGGAGCCUCGAAAUACUCCUACUCACAGCGUUGAUAGGUUCAGCUUCGAAGAAGAGCCUGAACCAAAGUUCGGUUAUAGCGGUCUGCCUGAUAUGGAUUAUCCUGACCCUGCUCUUGGUUAUAUCGAUGAAGAUGCCAGAACGAACUCAUCCAUCAUGCAAGACCGCCUCGAUGGAGAAGACGACGGACAGCUGUCUGGCCGGGCAACACCAACACAGCGAAGCAUCGCCCAAGAAAGACAGCAACAGGACACCCCUGGUGAUAAUGGUCUCGGGAUUUCCGAGACCUUGGCUGCUGCAGCAGCUGCCGGAGCUGCCGCAGGUCUUGCCACAGCAUCUCACAGCCGCCAAGCAAGCCAGGAGCCAGAUGAAUGGCAGCGAACUUCGGAUGAUCGCAAGCGAGAGACGCUUCUCACCAACCCCUACGAGGAUGCCAGCCCUAUCGUCAAUCCUAAUCUGAACGAGAAUAUUUUGGGGGCACGCAACCUGGCUGGUUCUUUCGGCCCGCAGUACCAUACUGGAAGCCCCAACUUCGCACAGAAAUUCGACGAAGGUUAUAUGUCGAAUCGGUCACCAGAUGUUGAGCCAAAGGGCAAAGCCGCGCUCACUUUUGCGGAUGCUAACAAGCCAGCAAUGGGCGAGGACCCAUUUUAUGUCAACAAGGACGUUGCUCGUCAUUUUAGCGGCAUGUCCCAGGGUAUGGCAUCGCCAUUCUUUGAUGCUGCUACAGGAGCUGGUAUCGACAGAAUAGAGAACAAGGAUAUCGUAGCCCUGAUGCAACAUCUUAUGGUUCGUGACGCUCAGCGAAGCGCUCGUGACACCGAGAUCAUCGCGCUUUUGAUGAAUGCAGCGCUCGAGAUGAGACAAUCGUUCCAAGAAAUGAAGGAACUGAUGCAAGACACCGGCGACGAUAUCAUCUUCGCAAAUGUCGAGAAUACGGAGAAGCUGCAAAAGGCGAUUAACGGUCCUCGUCCAUUCCCUGGUACCGUGGCGCGCUCCAUUCAAAGCGGAUCGCAACCAGGAACCGAUGAUUCUAUGAUGAACAAGAAGAAGAAUCUUUGGAAGAGAGCCCUCGCUGGACUGGGUGCCAAGGGUACCAAUGAUCUGAGCCGUAUCGAGGACAUGCUCAUGCAACUACUCGGGGAGGUUGAUGUGCUCAAGAAUCAGACUGCCCCUCCCGGGUCUAGUGGACGGGCCCAAUCUAUCGACAAUCUACAGCCAGAAGGUCAAUACGAGCAAGACCAAGGAUAUGAGCCCGAAGGAGUGUCUACUGCUAGUUAUGCUAGCCACUCUGGCUCUAUCCAGUCUCGCGGUACUGCUGCAAAGAUUGGCAACGAUCGCAAGCUCGCUGACAAUAGGGUCAGUACUGUCCAAGAACAUGAUGAUGAGUAUCAAUUCGACCAUCACAGCCCAUCAAACCGACAGGCCGGCAGCACUGCCAACCUCGAUGAAACCCCCCGAGGUGGCUCUUUACCACCCGGUAGCCCGCUGCAGCAAUCCCCACAAAGCCAACAGGUUUUGAGUGCCGAUAACACUCCCCGAACUGAAAAGGGAAAGAAACACAAGUCGAGCAGCUCCUCUGGCUGGCUACCAAAAAUCUCACGAUGGUCUGAAAGCACUGCAACAAGCGUGGGAAGAGCUCUACGUGGUAGCGGUAAGAAGGACGCCAAGUAUGAUGACCAGCCACCUCCUUCUCGCUCAGGAUCAAGCCUGGGCUCCUAUGAUGCUCAAGGGUAUGAACAUGACCCAUACGGUGAAGACAAGCUUCACACCGGAUUCUCAGAUCCCAGUCUCGCCCCAACAAGCCAGGCAGGGACGUCGCAGCAACCGUUCCAGUCGUCCACCUCUGGGACAGAGGACCCCAAGUACAGGGCUCAUCGAAACUCGCUGAACCUACAGCAUCCCCAACCUCGUCCUGGACAGAGCUACCGGAACGCACUGGAAAACUCAGCUCAACAAUACAAUGACCCAAUGACACCCAAGUCUGCCGAUUGGGCCGGCUCCGUGACAAGCCUUAACAGAAUGCAGCACGGCGCUUCGAGGUACAGUGAGACUCCUGCAUCACCUGUAUCUGCUACACGGGAGGCAGAGAACUGGCCAACAUCUCCCGGCAGUAACUCCGGUCCUCCUCGUCCACCCAAAGAGCCACUAGACGCUUCACCGGGCGUUACCCCUUCCAAAGCCCGGAUCUCACGACUAGCCAAGGGCAGUCCCCUAAGCCAAACUUAUGAUGAUGGCUAUAGCUACACUUCUCCAACUGGUAGCCCCAAGCCAGAAAAUCGCAAUCUCAAUGCGGCCCUUGGUGUCCCUACCCGCAGACCAAGUGGACCACGUGCAAUGACACCCAAGACUCACGACGAUGACCAGGAAAAACGUCGAAAGAGAGAUACUUUUGGCUCCGUUGCAAGCCAUGAGACGGACACGUUUUAG